GAAAUAAAUCUCUCUCUCUCUCUCUCUCGAUCCUGCGUAUGUUACCGACGCUUGUGCCCGUCCCGUGCGCUCAUCACCGGAGCCGAGCGGAAGAAACUGUCUGAUACCCCACAAUCAGGAAAUACCACCAAAACUCACCGCAGUUGCCGAUUUGUGGAGCCGCUUUUUCCGUCAAACCGAUUUUCAUCUAGUCGAAAACGUUUUUUGUUGUUUGGGGAGGAGAGAUGCGGGUGGUAAACAGUCUGGCCGAAGCACGAAUCCAGUAACGGAGCACUGAACCGGAGAAGCGCUUCACGACGCGUCCAUCAUCACGACCCGCUGUUCCCGUGGAGCGACUGAAGAUGCUGGAGUGGGUGAGUGAGGUCUUCUGGCAGGAGCGUCUGUGGUUCCCCGAGGGACUGGGAUGGGCUGAUCUGGAGGACCGUGAUGGCCAGGUCUAUGCGAAGGCACGGGAUCUGUGGGUGGCCCUGCCAAUCGCCGUCCUGUUUCUAGUGAUUCGACAGGUCUUUGAGAGAUAUGUAGCUACACCGCUAGCCUCUCUGCUGGGCUUGAAAGAAACAGUCCGACGGCGAGUGACACACAACCUCAUGCUGGAGUCCUACUAUUGCAACACAACUAAAAACCCCACACCGGUGCGUAUGCUACAGCCCACUCUCUCACAGGAACACACUUCAUCACUGUCAGCUGUGUGUGUUUGUGCUCUCCAGGGUUCAGUGGAGAAGCUGAGCGAGCAGACGGGAUGGACAGAGCGACAGGUCCAGCGCUGGUUCAGGAGGCGCAGGAACCAAGACAGACCCAACCUUCUCAAGAAGUUCUGUGAGGCCAGCUGGAGAUUCGCCUUUUAUCUCCUGGCCUUCAUCGGUGGUCUUGUUGCACUAAUAGAUAAACCCUGGUUGUAUGAUCUAAAGGAGAUGUGGAAAGGCUUCCCUACUCUGACGCUCCUGCCGUCUCAGUACUGGUACUACAUGCUGGAGCUGGGUUUCUACACCUCUCUGCUCUUCAGCCUGGCGUCUGAUGUCAAGCGUAAAGACUUCAGAGAGCAGGUCAUCCAUCACGUGGCCACCAUCCUGCUGAUCAGCUUCUCCUGGUGUGUCAACUACAUCCGAGCGGGAACGCUCAUCAUGUUCAUGCACGACUCGGCCGACUAUCUGCUGGAGUCAGCUAAGAUGUUUAACUACGCCAGAUGGAAGAACGCAUGCAACUACAUCUUCAUCCUGUUCGCUGCGAUCUUCAUCGUCACACGCCUCAUCAUCUUCCCUUUCCGGAUCAUGUAUUGCACAUGGGUGUAUCCCGUGACCCUGUACCCCCCGUUCUUCGGAUAUUACUUCUUUAACGGGCUGCUGAUGGUUCUUCUGUGUCUGCACGUCUUCUGGGCCGCGCUCAUCAUACGCUUGGCCUUCCGCUUCUUGAGCAAUAACAUAAACAGUCACACAGGUUUGGGACGGCAUGAGGUCGUCGGUAGAAGACGAGAGGUCCGACCGAGAGGAGACGGACGAGUCCGAGGAGGAAGAACAGAUGAAAAAUGGAGAGAUAAAGAAAAACGGACCAGCUCAGAAUGGCCACGCUACACAUAACAACAACCACUCCAAAAAAACAGAGUGAUGUCUAGAGAGGACAGAAACCGUCAGAAACCUAGAGAUUCUUCCUCUGCUGAAGCGGAGCAGAGACGGUGAAGAACAGAGGGUCGAUUGCUGUCUACACUACACACACACACACACACACACACACACACUCCUCGAUCUGGAGACAAACACAGAGCAGUGCUGCCUCUAUUGACUGAAGCUUACAGGAGCAGAUCACCUACAAAUCUGCCUCUCCACACCUCUGGGACUUUCUCAGUUAUCUCCAGCAGAAUGUCCAAACUGCUCUUCCCCAUACACUGAAAGUCAACGUUGAACAGAGUGCUCAUCUCAUACGGACUUUUCUAUGCUGCGUUUUUGUGCUUUCUAGAGCUUGAAAUCCUCUGAUUUUGUUGUAUGGAAGACCGCUAUGGAAGCCAAUGGAACAAAUCAAUAAACAAAAGAGAAUUAUGACUUUUUAUCUCACAAUUCCGACUUUGUUUCUCGCAAUUCUGAGAAUUCCAAAAUAUAAAACUCAGAAUUCCACACAAUUCCGAGUUUGUGUCUCUCAGUUCUAAAUGUUCUAAUCCCAGAAAUGCAAGAGUUGUGAGAUAAAAAGUCACAGUUGCCUGCUUUUUCGGGGGGUUUUAUAUUCCCCCGCAGAAACAUGUGUUCACCGAGAGCAGCUCUGACAUUAUGCUAAACUCUGUUGGAAUAAAGUCAUACGAGUAAAUGAUGGCAGAAUUAUUUUAGUGACCUGUGCCUUUUAACAGUGCCUUCCUUUGCUCUUUUCAUGCCUUGUUUUUAGUUUGUAAUUUAAAAAAACUGCAUCUUUUUCCAGAGUAUAACCAUUCACCAGUAAUACUGAGCACAUGUGAAUAUCAAGCGCAUCAGUUUGGUCUUAAAGUGCCGUCACAAAGUGAAUUGUCUAUCGUCAGUAGCAAUGUGUGAAGAGCAUCUCACACAGAGGUCACAAACGCAUUCAGUGCAUGUUUUCACUCGUGGAAUAACCAAUCAUGGCGGCUGACAGUAAAUAAUGCAUUUCUGCGAUGCCAUUGGUUUGUUUUGUAAUGUGCUGCAUCCACAGCUCUAAAGUGUCAGUAUAAACCCAAGACCAUCAGCCAGAAAACCAAAGAAGUCACCAAAGAGUGCAUCUUCAGAUACGGCUGAAUGUUACUAAGUUCCUAACAAACAGAUUCAGUCCCACAGCUGGUCUGAAUCAUCUCAUUCACAUCACACUUCUGUCCUGCUCUGACUCCAUCAUUCCUGCCAGCUUCCCGUCCAAUCAAUUACAGUGUUAUCUUUAUUUUGUAUUUUCCUGUGUUUUGUAAUAUGAUAAAAAUUAUUAUGGAGGAAGUUAAGAAUAAAAUACUGAAUGUGAGUCACA